AAAGCGUGGACGUCAAGAGAGACGGACAGAGAGAGAGAGAGAGCGACGGGAGGAGAGACGACUUCACCCCAAUACAAACAACCGCAUUACUUCCGCUAUCCGUGCUCUCUCUCCUUUAUAAUCUCCCUCUCCUUCAGAUGGAUUUCCCCAUUUCUCUCUCCCCUCUCUCCCUCUCUCUCAACGUGGGAAACGGCUUUUCCUCAAGAUCAGGUCCACCGAAAAGGCAAAUUUCUUAUUGUACAAUAUCAUUCAACAUCAACUAUGUUUUCUUUCUCCAGAAUCUUGGAGGCCUUUUAUGCAAUUUGUGCAUUUACCUUUAAAGGCUUGCAAGGAUUCAGAUACAGGUGAAUUUCCAGUUAAAGUGUGUGAAAUGUGAGAGAAGUGGGAUGGAAUUCAUGAAGGCGUAUCUCUCGGUAAUUCCUGGAUCCCUUAACAAGGAAAAGAAAUGGGCUUUGCCUCUCAUUAUAAGCUCCCUCAUCUGCGCUUUCCUAUUAGUUACAUCCUUCAACAUGGGUCUUGUUUCUUCUCUAUACACCAUGAACUCGAUCUUCUCAAUGUUCCCAUCACACUCUGUGAAUCAGAGUGACCCUGUUUUUGUAGAGUCGAAGGUUUCAUCAGUUCCGCCUACACCUUCCGGACCUUCCUUUCCUCGGCUGGCUUAUCUGGUCUCUGGCUCCAAAGGUGAUUUGGAUCGCCUCUGGAGGACUUUGCAUGCACUAUAUCACCCUAUGAACCAGUACAUUGUCCAUUUAGAUUUGGAAUCUCCAGCUGCCGAAAGAUUGGAACUUGCUGCCCGUGUAGAGAAGCACCCAAUCUUUGUGAAGGUUGGCAAUGUCCACAUGAUUACCAAAGCUAAUAUGGUCACCUAUAGAGGGCCAACCAUGGUCUCAAAUACCCUGCACGCCUGUGCAGUGCUACUCAAGGAAAACAAGGAAUGGGACUGGUUUAUAAAUCUGAGUGCUUCUGAUUAUCCUCUUGUAACACAAGAUGAUAUUCUCCACACAUUUUCUUACCUGCCUAGAAAUCUGAACUUUAUAGAGCAUACCAGCCGUUUGGGGUGGAAAGAGGGCCAAAGAGCAAGGCCAUUGAUUAUAGAUCCUGGGCUUUACUUGACGAGAAAGAAUGAUAUUUUCUGGGCAACACAGAUGAGAGAAGUGCCAACUGCAUUUAAGUUAUUUACUGGUUCUGCUUGGAUGGCUCUAUCACGAGCAUUUGUGGAGUACUGUGUGUGGGGUUGGGAUAACCUUCCAAGAACCCUCCUCAUGUAUUACACCAACUUCGUCUCCUCACCGGAGGGGUACUUCCAGACUGUCAUCUGCAAUGUGCCCGAGUUUGCAAACACAACCGUCAACCAUGACCUGCACUACAUUGCAUGGGACGUGCCGCCGAAGCAGCAUCCUCACACCCUCACCAUGAGCGACAUGGGCAGGAUGAUAAACAGCUCUGCUCCCUUUGCGCGCAAGUUCAAACGGGAUGACACCAUCUUAGACAAGAUCGACGCCGAGUAUCUUGGCCGGAUGAAUGGGAGUUUCACACCUGGAGGUUGGUGCUCUGGAAAUCCUCCAUGCUCAGAUGUGAGGGACGGGACCCACAUCAAGCCAGGCCCGGGAGCCCGCAGACUUGACAAGCUGUUGGAUAGGAUCGUCAGGUCAAGUAAGUUUGUUCAGAUGCAGUGUAAAUAAAGACUAACUGCACCCGAUGCAGUGAAAAUUACCAUAUGUAGGCCAAUUCAUCGGAAAUUAACAUCCAUAAAUUACCAGUGACAGACAAACAUCUCUCCAUAGAUCAGCUGCAAACAGGUGAUUGGUCUAUCAGUAAUCUAACUGAUUGAAAUAAUCGAGGAAAGAAAUCGACUCACAAGAUGUAGUAAAAGUCAUUUUUCCAUGUUUUGUGGAUGGGUGGGCCACACGGUGAGGAUUGGAUUUCCACAAAUGUAAUGAGAAGGGCUCUCUUAGACUCGGUACUGUUCCAAAAUAUAAAAAUAAGAAUAUGAUCUUUCAUCAA